AUGGUUCUUAAAGCUUUUAACCCUUUUCAUAUAAUUCAAUACUUCAAUCAAGACCCAAAAGAGGCUUGGAUUUCUCUUGGAGGCAUUAUCCUUUGCAUGACUGGAACCGAAGCUAUGUUUGUAGGACAUUUCUCUGUACGAUCGAUUCAGAUUUGUACUUCAGUUGACAUAAACGAUAGAAAACAGUCACUUAUAGCAUUUAGUGGAGACUAUGUACUGGCCUAUGUUUAUAAUAGCUGGAUUGCAGUGGUUGCAGGGGAGUUGGUAACAAGCUCAUUGCUGGUAUUAAUAAUGCUGAUGAUAUGGAAAACAAAUUUUCUUGUUAUCGUGCUCUUUGUUCUUCUUUUUGGCUCAUUCGAACUUGUUUACUUCUCUUCUGUGUUCUACAAAUUCGAUAAAGGUGGAUACUUACCUCUAUCAUUUGCUGGAGUUUUGUUUUUUGUAAUGUAUGUCUGGCAUUACGUACAAACAAAACGCCAGAACUUCGAAAUCAAGAAACAACUAUCUAAUCAGUGUCUAGCAAAUCAUAUAUCUGAUUCAAGCAUCACAAGAGUCCCCGACGUGGGCUUACUUUUUACUGAGUCAACUCAUGAUGGAGUUCCCACAAUAUUUUCUCAUUUGCUCUCAAAUCUUCGAGCUAUACACUCCGUGAAGAGGGUAAUGUACAAGUGUGUAGUCAGAUAUGGGUAUAGAGAUACCGGACUUGUAAGUGAAGAAUUUGAGGACUUGCUGAUGGAGUAUCUCAAAUUGUUCAUCCAAACAGAAAAUGGGAACCAUAUGUUUGGCGAGAAGUUAGAAGAUGUCAGCAAAUCACAAAGAGAAGAAGAAGAAAAGGAAAUUGAAUUCCUGGAAGAAUCAAGAAAACGUGGGGUAACUCACAUGUUGGGUCACAGAAAAGCAAAAGCUAGUGAAGGAUCUUGCACGCUGAAGAGAGUUAUCAUAAAUAAUGUUUAUGAUUUCUUAGAAACGAAUUUCCGGCAAGGGUUUAUUGGAAGCAUUGUCAAACAAGUCAUUGAGUCUUGGCAGAAGGUGAAAGGGACUUUUGAAGCUUUCAGAUCGGAUAGCUGUGUGAUUUGGGCUAUCUGCAAGUGUAGAAACAAAAAGGUGUUCAACAACAAAAACCAAAACACUGCGAGCAUCAUAAGGGGAGUUCAUUCCUGGUUUGAGUACAGCACUCCUCAAUAUCUGCACGAGAAUAAUCAAGAUAAAGCUCCUGUCAGAAUGAAGUGCAUGUUAUAA